AUGGCUGAAUUUAACACUGAUUCAACGCUGGGCUUAAGCGAUGAUUCCUUCGACUUCAUUAUUAUCGGAGGAGGCACUGCCGGUCUGGUCGUGGCCAACCGACUUACCGAAGAUCCCCAAAUUCGCGUCCUAGUCCUUGAAGCUGGAACGAAUCGCUUGAACGAUCCUCGAAUUACAGUUCCCGCAUUAUCUUUGCAAGCAUUUGAAGACCCAGAUUUUGAUUGGAAUUAUCUUUCUGUCCCGCAGGGCGCACACUGGGGGGGAUCUUCGACUAUCAAUAUGGGAAUGGUGAUUUACCCUUCAAGGUCUGGAUUGAACGCAUGGGAAGGACUGGGAAAUCCCGGUUGGGGCUGGGAGGGCCUAUCUCCCUACAUCCGAAAGUUCCAUACUGCAGCACCUCCCUCAGAGGAAGGCAGAGAGACGCUCAGUCAGAUUCUGUAUGAACAGAAAGAUGUAGGCGAUAAGGGACCCGUGAAUGUCUCUUUCGGUGAUCACUACAUGCCGUAUUAUGGCGCAUGGAUGGAAAGUUUCAAGGCCUUGGGAUAUCCGCAAACCGAAGACCCGAUUAAUGGUGCGGGCACAGGUCCUUUCGUCAGUCCCAGUGCCGUCAAUCGAGCCAGACACACUCGAAGCCAUUCUGCUGCUGCAUAUCUCGGGGAGGAGGUUCGUUCGCGACCGAACCUUCGAGUCGUAACUGGGGCCUGGGUGGAGAAAAUUGACCUGGAAAAGCGCGGCGAUGAAGCAAUUGCCACUAGCGUGUCUUUCUCUAGGGGAGAGGAAUUAUUCGUUCUUUCCGUCAAGAAAGAAGUCAUACUUGCCGCCGGAGCAACCCAAACCCCCAAAAUUCUGGAACUAUCUGGCAUCGGCGACAAGAAAGUCCUACAAUCCCACGGAGUCCCCACAAUUGUCAACAACCCAAGCGUUGGCGAAAAUAUGCAAGAGCAUGGUUUAGUCCCGUUUUCAUAUGAAGUAGCAGACGGUCUUCCAUCGGGUGACAUGGCCCGUGAUCCUGAAUUCGCAACUGCCGCCAUGGCUGCAUAUCAAAAAGAUGGAUCUGGUCCUCUGGGCUAUAUCCCAUUCGCAUCGGCAUUUAUGCCGUGUAUGGAUCUUUCACCCGAAGACCGAAACCAGAUGGUGGAAACCAUUAAGGCCUCAAUUUCAGACCCCAACACGUCAAAGGCAAUUUGCAAACAGUUAGAAGCCCAGGUAAAGCUGCUGAAUGUUCCUGAAGAGACCACAGGACAAUACAUCCUGGCACCAUUCCAAAUUCACUCUCGAGAGAAGACCCCUCGUCAAGCCUUUAGCCCCAGCCACCCGGGUCUCUUUGUGACUAUAGCCAUCGUGCUCAGUCACCCGUUUUCACGAGGAUCGGCACAUAUAAGCUCAGCAGAUUACCGCGACGCGUCGACUAUUGACAUUGGCACUUUCACGAACCCAGUUGAUCUUGAACUGCUUGCGAGACACUGUCUUCUGGCGGACAAACUUAUGGAGACGGAGCCUCUGGCGUCGUUGAUGAAGAAAGACGGUGCUAGAUUGCAUGCGGCCGGGCCGUUGGAUCUGGACCAAGCGAAGGACCUGUGCAAAGAUCUUGUUAUGUCGAAUUAUCAUUUCAGCGGUACCUGUGUUAUGAUGCCGCAGGAGGAUGGCGGUGUGGUUGAUCAUCGGUUGAAGGUCUAUGGGACGAGCAAUGUGCGGGUUGUUGAUGCGAGUAUCUUCCCGCUGGAGCCGAGGGGAAACAUUCAAGCAACCGUUUUUGCGGUUGCGGAGAAAGCAGCGGAUAUCAUUAAGGAGGACAUGAAGUAG